AUGGAUAGGGACGUUUACAGAGACAAGAUGACCGAGUUAUUGGGGGACUCAGACACGUAUGUCCCUAUUAAAAGAGAUCCGACCAAAAAGCUUACAUCAGCCUUGAGGUCUAUGCUCACUGGGUGGAAGACCAGAGGUCACAUCAAGGACUCUGAAAUAAUAGUGUCAUCGGUGGGCAGUCCGCUGCAUCCUUUGGCUACUUUUCUACACAAGAAAUUAUUUAAAGCCAUCCCGAGAGCUGACAGUUAUAUAAAAAACAGCUUUGAACUGGUCGAAAGGCUGAGGGAUGUGCACUUUACGGGGACACAUGAGUUGACGUCUUUGGACGUUACCUCUCUGUUCACGAACGUGCCAACGGAGGUGGCGAUCGAUUGCGUUAACGAACAUUGGCCGGCGGUUUCUGGGGAUUGCUCUCUACCUAAGAGAGAAUUUUUGGGAGCAAUACGGCAGAGCUUUGGCACCCCCAUGGGCUCUCCAUUAUCGCCGGUGAUUGCGGACCUAGUGUUGAGGAGAUUGGAGACGGUGUCCUUGAUGUCUGUAAAUUUGGACAUUCUGUUCUAUUAUAGAUACGUUGACGACAUAUGUACUGCGUUGCCCCCCUCUCAGAUCGACGUGCUAUUAGAGAGAUUUAAUGCAUUCCAUCCGCGCCUACAGUUUACCGUAGAGAGAGGCGGAAAAACGAUCAAUUUCUUGGACGUCACUGUGUCUGUCGACAAUAAUCGCUUUAAUUUCGAUUGGUACCGUAAGCCAACGUUUUCAGGUAGAUUCUUAAACUUCCACUCUAAUCAUCCAUUGACGCAGAAGAAAGGAACCAUCUUUUCAUUAGUCGACAGAGCCUUUUUAUUAUCCGACGUUAAGUUUCACACAAAAAAUUUGACCUCCAUCAUUGACAUUUUACUUCUGAAUGACUAUCCACUAGAUUUUAUCUUUGACUCCAUCAAUCAUAGGAUCAAAAAUUUGAUUAGAAAUAGACACAGGUUACACGAUACCGAGACUGACAUUGACUUAACUAAUAAACCUGCUUCUUGGCUUACGGUACCUUUCAUUCCGCUUCAUACAGAGAAACUUAGAUCUUUGAAUAAAAGCAAAAGUGAUAUCAGGGUGGCCUUCCGCAGCCCCAACAAAAUGGACGGGCAGACAAUUAAAAACUAG